UUGAACAUGUUCCAGGCACCCUGAAGCUGAUGGACAGCUCGGAGCAGCUGCUGUGGUCGGUCCAGGUGGAUCAUCAGCUGUUCGCUCUGCAGAAACUCGACGUCACUGGAGACGGCAGAGAGGAGGUGGUGGCGUGUGCCUGGGACGGUCAAACAUACAUCAUCGACCACAACCGGACCGCGGUACGCUUCCAGUUCGACGAGAACGUCAACGCCUUCUGUGCGGGUCAGUACACCUGUAAGGAGGGGAAGAACAGCCCCUGUCUGGUGUACGUCAGCUUCAAUCACAAAAUCUACAUCUACUGGAAGGUGGAGCUGGAGCGCAUGGAGUCCAGCAACAUGCUGCGAGUGCUGGAGGACAAUCCCGAGUUUAAAGAGCGUCUGAAGCUGCUGGGAGUCGAUACUGAGGACCCGGCAGCAGUUAGAGCAGCGGUGACAAAUGUUCUCUACAACGAUUUGCACCCUUAACACACACAUCGACACACACAUCAACACACACAUCGACACACACAUCGACACACACAUCGACACA